CCAACGGCCGCGGGCCUGGCGGGGCCGGAGCUGCCGAGGUGGGGCCGGAGGCGGCCCCGCUCCGCUCCCGGGGACCGGCACCGAACUGAUUUUGGGGUGUUGGCGUAAAACCCCUCCAGCGUUUUACCGCUUCUCUGCGCAUUUUUUAGCCAGUGUCCAGAAUCCACCAUGGACUAUCUCACCAAGCUCCUCGGCGUCGUGGCUGGAGUCGCGUGUGGCCUGUGCCUAGGAUGGGGCAUCCGUGGGAAGCUCCUGAGGAAGCGCAGAGCGGGAACACCUACACCUCCCAACAGCCUGGAGGGCGAGGCGGACGUCAUGGCAGAGUCCGGGGAGUUCAAGAUGGUGCUGAUCGUGCGCCAGGACCUCAAGAUGGGCAAGGGCAAAGUGGCAGCCCAGUGUUCCCACGCUGCUGUCUCUGCCUACAAGCAAGUGGAGAGAAGGAAUCCCGAGCUCCUGAAGCAGUGGGAGUACUGUGGGCAACCCAAAAUAGUCCUCAAAGCUCCUGAUGAGGAGACUCUGGCCCAGCUCCUGGCUGAGGCAAAGCGCCUGGGACUGACCGUGAGCUUGAUCCAGGAUGCUGGGCGUACUCAGAUAGCUCCAGGCUCCAGGACCGUCCUCGGCAUCGGACCAGGGCCAGCUGAUGUCAUAGAUAAAGUCUCUGGUCACCUUAAACUCUUCUAAACUAGGACCAAAAAAGUUGAUGUAUGUCAGUACUGAAGGGUUACAAUCCCAAGUUUGGGCAUUUUUCCAUAUGCUCUCAGUUUAAAUAAAAUAAGCAAGUUUUGUAAGGUUUAAAUUUGUAAA